AUGGCCACCCGGGCGCCGGCGGCGGAUGGGCCUCACUCGGUGACAGAAACCGAGGUGCUCCCCGCCCACCAGCACAAAGGCGUCGGGGCGUUCAGCAGCGCUCCGCAACAGCCUUGGCGCCAUCCCCGAGCCUUCAGGCCUCCAGGAGCGCCGGCUGGCAGCUGGACUCGCACACCUUGGUGGCACUGCGUGCUGUAUGACCCCUACGAGCGUGUCAACGUGUGGUCGCACGGGGUACCAUCGCUUCUGCUCGUUCUCCUCGGGCUGGCUGCCUUGUCCGGCCAUGUACCCGGCUCAACGCCCAUGGCCUUGUUCUGCACGUUGGCCGCGACCUGUCAGUCGUUCUCCGCCUUGGCGCACGUCUACCCUGACCAUCAUGGUCUGGAGAAGUUGGACCACAUUGGCAUUCUUGGACUCAUGUUUGGCACACCCUAUUCUGAGCUCUUGGCACAUAUCCAAUUCAAGGACCUGGAUGUGGAUCUGAGUCCACUUCUGUGCAUGGUCGUUCUUGGUCUACUGGCAGCCUUCUUUCCACCUGCCCCUCGCACAAUAUCUUUUGGUGCUGCCGUUGUGGGGAUGUUUUGCAUUUAUUGGGAUGAGCUCAUAAGCACCAGCAUGGUCGUGCAACUAGGGCUGUACCUGAUUGGUGCCAUAUGUUUCUUGAGGAAUGGAGGCCACAAUCGCGGAAUGGGCCUGGCUGACCAUCACAUCCUUCACUAUGUGGUCACAGCCGCAUGCUCUGUGCACGCCCUUCAUCUGUGGACAUUGUCUAGUGGCGCUGGGCAAAAAGCGACGUAA